AUGGAAGUCAGUCCUCCGAACGUCGCCGAGGCGCUAGCCAAUGACUCCCUCUUCGACUAUGUUUUCAGCAAGAGUGAGCUUGACGACGUCCUUCAAUUUAUGGAGCGGCAGCAGGACGAGCCUGUUGCAAACCACAGCAGUAACGUGUUCCUAGGCAACGCACCUCCUGCCUCCGUUUCCCUGCAGUUCCAGCCACACCCGAGUGGAGGAUUCAGCGGAAACCCCUUCACCAGCCUGGGACUAGACCAGGGUCUCAACGGGGCGCAGCCAUACCUGUCACAGAUCGAGAGCGAUCCGUUUUCCAGCCAGGCAAUGGGGCAACCAGACAGCCUGGGCUUCGAUCUUGGCAUGCAGCUGGACCCUGAGCUGAACCCUCUCCAUCAGGGCAACAUCAGCCUUGGGCCCCAGUCCAGAAUUAAGGCGGAGCCUAUGUGUGGAUUGGAGCCAGCGGGUCUGAGGAGUCCACUGGAGGGGUCAGCCAGUCCAUCGCCCAAUCAUGCUGGCAGCCUAGGGCCUGCAGAUAGCCUGCCAAGUGCAGCUGGGGCUCCCUUGAAAUCAGAAGCUCAACCGCUGAGUGCAGCCUUCGCGAAGCUGGGAUCAGGUGGCCUCACAUCGCCUGCUGGAAGGCCGCGGCAAUUCAGUUCAGAGCUGCACCCUGGCUCAGGUACCAAGCAGCACACCAGUCACAGCACUGUGGAGAAGAAUAGGCGAGAUCGCAUCAACUCCCUCAUCGAUGAGCUACGAGAUCUGGUGCCCCCACAGCAGAAGGAGUCCGCCAACACAUCCCAGGACAAUCUGGACCCCACCAAGCGGCCCAAGCAUGUUGUCCUCUCGGACACCAUUCUCCUCGUCAAGUCCCUGGCUGACAAGGUGCAUGCUACCGAGAAGGCGCUCGCGCGAGCGCAGAGCGGCGGCGGCAAAGAGGACUCGCAGCACUCGCAGGAGAAUGGGGCGCAGGAUCUGCUGCGGCGAUCCCUCCCUGAGGGCACGGCAUUCAACAGCGACACUGCAUCCUCGUCAGGACCCUCGCAGGACCUUCCAUCGGUGCCCAAAGGAGCGCCCAUGUCUUCUGGGGUGGUCGUUGAGCGGAGCAAUGGCUGCCUGCUUGUGAAGGUGAACUGCAAGGACCGGCGGGGGCUGUUGGCAGAUGUGAUCUCAGCGCUGAAAUCCUUCCCAUUGGAGAUCACAACAGCGGCGGUGACAACCACAGCAGACGGCUUUGUCUGCGAUGUAUUCCAGGUGAAGGCGCCGUCAGGGCAGGAGUACUCAGAGGAGGAGAUCCAGUGCCACGUGCACUUUGCGCUGUAUCCAUCCUCCACACGCGAGCCGCAGCUCGGAGAUAAGCGGCAGCGCAUGCGCGACGAGUGA